AGAGACUCAGUGCUUUUCUUUGCUCGUGCGAUUUGAGAGAGAUUUCGGUGCGAUUUGCCUUUUCGGAGAGUUCGAGAGCGCUUUUUUGGGAUCCCCCAACAAAAGCAUUUUUUUCUGCAGGUAUUCCAGGUGGAGGAAAGUGCUUUUAAGCAUAUUCUCCACCCCAAACAUGGAGUCUGUCUCCAGGAAGAGAAGAAGACAACAAGAGACAACUACGGAAGAAGAGAUUAGGAGGAAGAAGAUGAAACUUCUGGACAGCCAGGAAAGAACUGAAGAAAGAAGAAGCCAGGAGAGACAGCCCAUUCAAGCUGAGCGUCUACCGGAACACAUUAUUACCAACUAUGAGUUCCACUCGAUUCUUGGCCGAGGCAGGUUUGGCAAGGUUUUUUUGGCUUCCAUAACCACGAAGAAAGAUCGCGUGGCUGUAAAAGUCAUCAGGAAGACACCUAAGGAUGAGGAGAAGGACAUGAUAGAGAAGGAGGCCAGAAUCCUGAAGGUUGCUUGCGGCAGUCCAUUCUUGUGCCGUGGUCAUGCAGCCUUCCAGACCAAACAAUAUGCUUUUCUGGUGAUGGAGUAUGCAGGCGGAGGCAGCCUCAGCAAUCUGCUGGGCAUCAAGCACCAUCUGAAAAAAAGACAUGUCAUCUUUUACUCUGCAGAACUGAUUUGUGGUCUUCAGUAUCUCCAUUCUCUAGGUAUCAUCCAUCGAGAUCUUAAGCCAGACAACAUCCUGCUUACCAGUGACGGACACAUAAAAAUUGCUGAUUUUGGCAUCGCAGCAGAAGGAGUUUUUGGCCACAAGACCAUCCGUGGGAAAACUGGAACAUGCUGGUACAUGGCCCCAGAGGUAGGAAACUGCUCAAUAUAUUUAAAGCCAAACAUGGGAUUGCUGAAAGAGUAUGAACAAAUUGAAAAUGAAAAUAUGACGGAUUCUUGGUAA